AUGACUGGACGCGGCAAAGGUGGCAAGGGCCUCGGCAAGGGCGGUGCGAAGCGUCACCGCAAGAUUUUGCGCGACAACAUCCAGGGCAUAACCAAGCCUGCCAUCCGUCGUCUCGCGCGUCGUGGCGGUGUCAAGCGUAUCUCGGCCAUGAUCUACGAAGAGACCCGCGGUGUCCUCAAGACCUUCCUCGAAGGCGUGAUCCGCGACGCAGUCACAUACACCGAGCACGCGAAGCGCAAGACCGUCACCUCCCUCGACGUCGUCUACGCGCUCAAGAGGCAAGGCCGCACUCUCUACGGCUUCGGCGGUUAA